CUUCUGAGGGGAGUCAUGGAUAAUUACAGCUGUCAAGAGGCUAAUGUGGUGACACCCAGGGAGCUCCAGAGGGCAUUGUGCAUGUUCGACGCAGUAAGGUGAAAGUGAGUUUGUCGCUUCUCGCGUUGCCUUUCUUCUCCGACUCGCCCCUGUCAUAUAUACACACCCUCUGAGCAAGCCCCUGACGCGGUGUACCAGACAGCAGCAGCCACAGCACCAGCAGCAGUGGGAAAGUCGAAGGAAGAGGCGAAGAAAACUUUGCUUUUAAAUGGGCGGGUUGGUUUGAGCAUUUUGACAUACUUAGAAUUGGAAAAAAAAAAUAACAACAACAUGAAGAUGGCAGGACGUGCACUGAACACAGGCAGUUACAGGUUGUACUGGCUAAGAACAAUGCUGCGAGUGACGUCGAAAAAAGUUUUCACUGCAUGUUGUUAGUAAAGAGUGAAAAAAAUCAAGGUUCUUACUUUCACUGCAGCCUUAAAAUUCUCUUCCAAAUUCAGCAGAGGCCAGUCCUAGGAGAUCAGUGUACAAAAUAAUAUACUACUUGCAAUCUGUAACAGGAGAGUUGCGCUUGUGCUACUUGCAUAGUAGGGCGAUUUUCUUUACCUACACUAGCUACACAGGUGUAGCUAGUGUAGGAAGUCGCCAUUCUUUUUACUUGGUGUAGAGACAUGUAGCCCUACCCACCUACACAAAGCCAUUUUUAUAGCUGUAAGUGUAGCCUGAAAACUACACUUUCUACUCUGCAGUUUCGAUCAGUGUUGGCAGCAGACGACAGACAGACAGACUGGCAUUGCAAACGCUUGGCGCCAUUUUUGUCUAAUACUGUCGGCACUGAUAUAACCACGAUAGUGAAUAUUCGCUACAAAGACAGUAGCGAAGUGCUGGUGUCACAGAGGAAGGUGUGCUAAUUUUCCAAGAAGAUAAAAUUGUUAUGCAUGGUGCGGGCUGUUUCAGACUCCAUGCUGUAUUAUAUGCAUUGAGAAGCUGUCUUCGUGCACUGUGCAUUUGCAAUGUAUUUAGCUGUGGUUUGUCUAAAUUUGUUGAUGAAAGGAAAAUUGUUCAUUUGCGUUUAGUUUUAGGCAAGGACAUAUACACAGCCAGUAAGUGCCAAGUCAGGCGAAGUGCGGAGUCAGGUGCUUUUCGUCUGCUGAUGCAGAAGACGAUGCGCUGUCUGCUCUGAUUGGCUACAGCCCAGUGAAUGCAGCACACAAUGUCAUAAGCCUUGUUUACAUGAAUGCGACAGUAAUGUAUUGUAUAAUUUUUCUAGCGUAUCGCACUUCAUGUAAACGCAGUAAUUCGCUAGGAAGGCGUAUCGUAUGCAAUGCGACAAAUGAGGUGGAUUGAGAUUAAAGAUGCGCAUUUAGAUGUAACAUGUAAACAGAAUGGCAUCGAAUUUGCUGCGGGACUGCCAUUGUGCAGCUGCGGUACUGCAUGAACAGAAAGUAACCAAAACAAAAAUGGCGUCUGCAACUGCUGGUCGCGCGGGAGUUUCCCGCGAAGAAACUUCUCGUGUUUCUUUCACCCGCGAGGAAACGACCGCCUUUCUUGCCUUAAUUAGUGAAAUGAACAUCAGUGAGCUGUUAGACUCCAGGCGUCAGCGUAACCAAGCGCAUUUCCAAAUAAUUGAAGCGGAGAUGGCCGAGCUUGGGUACUGCUGGUCGUGGCAGCAACUCAGGACGCAUUGGAAGAAUUUGAAAGCACGGUACAACAAGGAGCUGCACGAGCAAAACAAAAGCGGGGCGUCGCGAUCUGCUUGGCAGUGGUUCACGGAAAUGCAAGCGCUGCUGUCUCACCGGCCAAUGAGUGAGGCACUUUCCAACGGAGUUGACAGCGUGAACAACGAGGAGUGCGGAGAGAGCAUAACAGGGAGCAAGCCUGCUGAUGACAUGAGCGAGUCCCUCGAUGAUUCACCUAACCCAUGCCUAGUGUCGCUGCAAAGGAGGCGGAGCAAGAGCAAGUAUGCUGAACUGGUAGAAGUCCUGGCUGACCAUCAAAAAAAAAAAAUGCAGAGCUGCUCCAAGAACACUCAACGAUGAUGUUCAACCACCAGCGGCAGUUACUACAAGAAGAACAAGACAACAAUCGCGAAAUGAUGACUGGGAUAAGUAACUCGUUCCUCCAAGGCACACAAACAAUUCUGUCACAGCUGUGGAGUAACCAAACACAGACUGUGUUUACCAUCCCCGCUCAAGGAGCUUUCCACGUAGCGCCUGGGCAAGUAAACUUUAGUGGUGUCCGCAGGGCUCACCCGUCAACCUGAGCACACUAAGAAAAAAAUACCCGUAGAGAUUUCAAAGUGGUUUCUUGUCAUUUACAUGAUCCACGUUAGUGUGACCAGAAAACCUUUAUAGUGAAAAAGCAUAGACAGCUUUUCGUUCAUUUUGUAUUCAGUGAGUGUUGCGGCAGAAAAUGUCAUCAUAUUUGAUUUUUCUACCCACUGUUAAUGUGCCUUCCCACUUUUAACGUGAUCUAGCUUGAAGCAGGGGACCUGGUGAUCUCUCCAUCUCAUUUUAUAGUCUAACAGGUGUCCUGCAACAGCUCAGAUGUCUGUUUCCCCGAAAUGCUGUACAAAGAAAGUGCAGAAAGUUUUGUGUUGCUUGCUAAUCUGGAACACCGUACGAGUCAUACACAGACUUCAGCUUUGCCCUGCACCCCCCCUCCAAAAAGAAAUAAAAAAAUAAAGAGCAGGUUUUGUCUUUUAACUCUCUACAAAGUUGCGUGCAAUGGUUGUGACCUUGCCUUGUGUUAUGCUGGGAAGACAUGGACACCUUUUAGUAUUUUACUUGACAUUCCCUUUACAAAUGUGGUACCUCAAGUUGUGUACAAGUAUCUGCACAUCACCUUUGUUUCAGGUUUACGUUUGCAGCUAGCAAAUGUGUGCACAUGCUGCCUAUGACGGUACAUGUCACAGAUAUUCUUUCAAGAGCACACAGCUGCCUCGCAGUUUAUUGUUCGUAGAAUUGGGUAACAAUAAGUUGUGCUCCUAAUGUUCAAUAAAAAUUUUUAUUUUGCAACCCUAA